AUGUCACAGUUGAACAACCAAAGCAAUGAUGAUACACUCUAUGACACUCUUCUCAAUUCUCCAACUCUAUUGCUCGAUAUUGACAAUCUAACAGGAGAUCUCAAUUUAAAUGUGAACAACGAAUUCCUGCCAGAUAUCGAUAUUAAUUCGAUAAUGUCUGAAUUGAAUAAUCCAACCUCUGCACAGACUCCAUCAGGCUUUUCUCCAGAUAACAACUCGAAUAUACAGCAACAGGAAGUGACAAAUCCUGUGUAUCAAGCUGUUGCUUUGCCAUCGGAUAUGCAGACAUUCCCUGAUCAAAUAGAAAUUAUUGCUCAGCCAUAUUAUGGAACAAAAUUACGCUACAGAAGUGACUAUAGCAAAAACGAUCAACGGCAGGGUGUAUUAAAAAAUCGCACGAAAAACUCCAGUUACACGGGACCAGCCAUUCGUAUUCCACAACAAUAUCUUGAUCCCAAUGGAGGGUAUUAUGUUCGUGUGUGUCUCGUUACAGUGGUCAACGAUAGAACGUGCCUGCGUUAUAUUCAUCCUUAUAGAGUUGAAAAUACAACAAAUAAUCAACUGUAUAACGAGGAGACUAAUUCAAUUUAUUUUCCUCUCCAAGAAGAAGAUUAUAGGACUGGCACUAAAAGUUUUCCGACAAUUCGAAUCGUGAAAGAACGAGAAGGCGAAUUGAAAAACUAUGGAUGUCUACAAGUAUUCGAUGGCGUUGGUUCAAAUUUGCAAAAUGAUACCGGCGCGAAUGCAUCCACUACUGCAAAACAAUUGAAGAAAGAAUAUAGCCUUGGUCAGAGUCAAUUAGCGUUUACAAUCGUUCAAAAGACAGUUAAUUCUGAUGAUAUUUAUAUGACUCCAUAUCCGCAAACCACUGCAUUUUCGGAACCUAUGAUAGAAGGCGACUCGGGAUCAGGAGAACCUGAAAAUGAUAGUCAAUCAGUGGAUGAACAGAGCACGACUUCUCCUGAACCAUCCUGUCGUGUGUAUAAGUAUGCACCGCGAUACACUGUCAACACGAAUAGCGAAGACAUGAUAAUUAUUCUGACGAGUAAGAAACUUGAAGUGAGAAAAUAUGGCCAAUUAAAAGUAGUCUUCGAAUUUAAUUCUCUGAAUCAACAUUGGUCGCAUGAAAUUGACAACUUAACUAUCACGGAUCGAAUUGUUUCUUUUAAAACACCGAAAUUUCCUUACGAAUUUGAUCAAGCUGUUCAGGUGAAUGUUAUACUUCGGCAGAGUAGUCGUGAUGUAGACACACUAACAUAUUUUUACCUACCAACAUCCACUCAAUGUUCGAAUUGUCACCUACAUACUAUGAAUAGCCAAAGCAAUGAAAUACCAAACGUACCAAGUAAACGUAUGGCUUCUCAGGUAUUUGACCAUGGAGCGUAUGAGUAUGAUAUUGUGGUGUCUACUGCUAACGAUUCCCAGAAGUUGCCAGAAGCAUCCGCUAAACCCAUACCGGAGCCAUCGUCGUCCAAGCAAACUGGUGGAAAAAACAAAGAUUCCUCUGAUGAAAUAAUUAAAGCGUUGUUCACUAGUUUCGAGAGCUUAUUUUUGGAAAACGAUUAUACUUCAUUACUUCGUAUUGGUCGUUCGUUUAUUCGAAAGCAUCCUCAAACUAUGCACGAUGCGAUCAGCAGAAACCAUUGUGAUGUUCUAUCCAAAUUUAUUCCUGCAGCUUCCAUCGAAAUUCUUCAACUAAAAAAUGAGUCGUUGGGCGAAAAUACACUUUUACAUGCUCUUCGACUCAAUCGUAUUGAAAUAGUUAAAAGUUUAUUGCACAAAACAGGAGCACAAGCGUUAAUGAAAGAAACAGACAAUAUGCAGAACAAUAUUUUUCAUAUCAUGGCAUGUUAUACAACAUCUGUUGAGAUACUUGAUUCAAUGAUUGAUUAUCUUUUGGAAAAAUCCUUUCCUAUUCAGGAAACAUUCGAUCAUCGAAAUCAUGAAUCUCGAACUCCAUUGCAAUUGAGUGUCGCAAAAAAUAAUCUCUUAGUAACGAAAAAAAUCCUUCAAUAUUCCAACACAAGCAUCCAUGAAGUUCAAAAUCACAUCGGUGACAAUCUUCUACAUCUUGCUGUUCGCUAUGGUGAUUUAGAUAUGGUUGAGUAUUUGAUCGAAGAUGGCAAGUUAGGUCAGCUGCUAAAUCACAGUAACCUGGCUAUGACACCAAUUGAAUUAGCUCAAUCACUCCAUCGCGAUGAUAUUACGACAUAUUUACGAAAGAUCAAUCCUCCACACCAAAUAUCCGAAGACUCGAGUCCAUCAUCCGAUGACGAGGAUGAUUGA